AUGGGGAGUGCUCUCGAUGUGGCCGGGUCACUCAUCAACAUGGGCGUGCCACCACCUGUAGCGCGCGAGGCCAGCUCCAGAUUUGGUUCUGACAUUCAUUCAGCCUUGGAUUGGGCUUGUUCUUCGGACAGACGGCACAGCCGCCCACUCUUUGCUUCUCCUCCAGAUGUCAUUGAUUUGGAUUUGGAAGAAGUUCAGCUAGGUGAGGUGGACUAUUGGUUUCGUGCGCUUGCCAACUCCAAUGGUGCGGCUGCCUUGGACGAGAUGGUGUGGAGAAGAAUGCCGUUGUAUAGCCAGUACAUCGACGGACACACUUUGGAGGAAGUCCGUCAGGACUGCGUUGGCAGCAUCAGGAAACAAAGGGGUCUGGACUUGACCAUUCAGCAAGCUGCAAAGCUCCCAUCUGUCCUUGGCUACACCUCUAUGUUGCCCUUGGCCGUUGCGUGUGAGUAUCUGCAUACAGGCUGUGGAUUUCCGGCAAUCUUUGCCUUUGAUUUGUUCCAAGCAUGCCUCGCUUCGUGUCAGAACAAGCACUUAGAGGUUUCCCUGUAUGCAAACCGGUCCAAGUCGUUCACAUCCAAGGCACGGUGGUGGGCGUGCCCAACAGGAGACCCCAACGCAGGCAAGUCUCCCACAUGCAGCCUCAUCAUGACUGCGUUUCGCAACCUGGCCCAGUCCGUGCCACAAAUGUUGUUCUCAGAAGAACAUUGGAUUGGCGUAGGCAAUAACAACCGGAUUCAAAAUCGGUGGCGGCUGUUGGAUGGAUGUCUCCUCUUGUAUGGGCCUGAAUCCAAACCCAUUUUAGAUCCCCAUUUUCCCACAAAAAAGACAGUGGAUACCGGCAAGUUUUUGGAUUUGACCCGGUGGCUCGAAUGUGCCAAUGGCGGACGUUUUGAGUGGGGUACUGGCCAGGAUGAAAAAGACAGGGCGAGCAGGAAAAGCCGCCAAGAAGGGACAGAGUGCCUACCCACCACGUUUGAGCCGACUAACAUUAACAUGUGCUUGUUUCAGCAGUUCACCCUCUUUGAAGAGUGGUGGUGCCAGGUGGAAGCAUCGCACAAGUGCGGCUUCAGCGCUCGAAUUUUGAUGUCGCCCACUGCCCGAGCCAUCGUCGAUGGGGACACUGGGCUGCAAGACCCCGAGCCCGUGUGCAAGUUGAUGCAAAAGAUUUGGCGGCAUGUUCUUUCAGCGUAUGGCCCCCAAAGCGCAUUAAAAACCCGCCAGAUGACGACCACUUUGGAAGCCCAGGAGAUUGUGCGGGCACUGUACUAUGAUUUGGCAGAAGAAGAAGAUCAAGGGGGAUGGGGGUCUGCUGCAAAAUCCAGCCUGGGCAAAAUGGAGUAUCGUGUGCCCAGUGCCGCCUGUUUGACUUUCUUGGCGACCUCAGCCUUGCAAGCGCAUCCGACCGAUGGAGUUUUAGAUGACAAUGCCAUGAAAUGUGCCCUCCGCCACUUUGACCUUCGGGUCGUGCACACAUGCUCCAUCAUUGAUGCCUGUAUCCGAGCGUGCGCGCGCAAGGCUUCGUCUUCCAAGGCUGCCGCUUCCAGCGCCAUCAGGCCGACGACGGCUAGAGUUCUUGAGUCCUGCGUCAAAGACCCCAUUUUGUUCAGCCACAUGAGCCAGCGUUUCGUGAGUUUGCGAGGAGCUGACAAAUUCGACGCUCGCCUUGCUCUUUUGCGUGAGCUAGAGCGGCUUGGACUUGGCCAAGUUAAGGAGACAAGGCGCAGAGUCAAUGAAGACAAUCGGGCUGUCGCUUUUUACAGAUUCCCCUUGUCUCCUACUGUGCAGGAGUCCCUGUGUCGCCUUGGUGUUGCCGAGUCUUUUUGGCAUCCAUCUUUGCCUAUUGCAUCUUCGCCUGCCACACCCACAACCACCGCAGCCAUCACCCCAGCCAUGCAAGGAGCAGGCAAACGGGGCCGACGUCAAGAGGAAGAGCAGCAGCAGGAUCAAGGUGGUCAGGAGGAGGAGGUUGUCCGAAAGGGAGGCCGGAAGAGUGCAGAAGAAGUGGGGCGCAUUUACACACAGAAGAGCGUCAUCGCCUGUGAGAACCCUUUUCUCGACAAGAAAGCUUUUAUGGAGCAUGAAAGGAGAUGGGCCACAGCCACAGUUCCUGGGCAACAGCUCGCCCUUCGGCGCCAAUAUUGCGCAUACAAAGGUGGCCACAAAAUUUUCCUUUGGUGCAAUUCUUGUACCUCAUGCAAAGAGCGUUCAGGCUGGAGAGGAUAUUCUAUCUACGAUGAUGCCACAAAACAAAUUACUAGGGCCUACACACCACAAGACCAGCGUGGAGACUUCAAGGCUGUCAAAACAUGGAAUCCCUUGACAGCCACUGCCGAACAUGGGCUCAAAGCCUUUGUAGCAGAUAACCACCGGUUCACAUUGCAAGAUCUUGUCAAAGUGGUUGAAAAGCACCAAGCGCGGCCCAGCGAUACCUUCCUGAGUACAUGGGCAAAGAACCACAGGCCCCAUAGAGGAACACCAGAGGACCGGUUGACAUCUCACAAGUGGGUGGAAGCAGAUUGGCGGCAGCUGGAACGGGAGCUUGGCACGGUCCACAACCUGACAGAGGCGUCUGACACCCUGAAGAUUACAGCUUCUGUUCAUACGGAUGAUGCCACCGUGGUUGUCUUUUGCAAUCCCUUGUUGUUGAAAGAAACCUUAGGCGAUUUGUGCAUUCUGCCAGACAUUCUGCUUGCAUGGCUGGUCGCUGAAGCCGCCAUGGUGCCCUCUGCGGCUGAAGCGGUACUUUGGCAAUCAUUUGCGAGCUGCAAAAUUCUUCAGUAA